AUGUAAGACGUAAAACGUAAACAAAAUAGUUAAAUAUUCCAACCAUAUGUUUGUUAUAGCAGUAAUUAAAAAAUGAAUGAUGAAUCAGUUAAUAUUUCUCUAAGAACAUGGAAGCGUUCAGUUGAUCCUAUCAACAAGGUUGGAUAUUCUGAUGGUGUUGUCGACGGACAGGCUGCAACAUAUCAGAGUAGUUUUGAUAUAGGUUAUGAACAAGGAUUUAACUUUGGUUUUCAACUAGGACUGACAAACGCCAGAAGGUCACAAAUUGCAGCAAAUGAAGAUGAAUUAAGGGAUCCAAGGAAAAUCAAUUGUCAGAUAUGCCUCAACAAUAGUGCAAAUGGGAACACCAUGAAUUUAUUUAAUUAACAAAAAGAAAAAAACGAACAAUAUCUUGUUGAUAAAGUGUAAGAAUAUGAUAUCUGUUUUUAAUAUGUUAACAUGAAACAAAAUGAUAAAUAAAGCAAAUAUAACAAUAUAUAAAAGAACAAUGGUUCAAC